GCUCCCUCCCCCCGCCGCCCGCCCUCCCUGUGUGUCGGUUUCGGGCUCCCGUCGCCAUUUAGCGCGGAGACGUCCCCGGGCCGGCCGUGGCUGCUCCGCUCCCCCGCCCUCCUCUCCCCUCCCGCCGCGGCGCCUGCGGGACUCGGCUCACCUGUGGCGGCGGCCCCCGGUGAGGAGCGGCGCCGAGCCCCGGGCACGGGCGGGGGGCAGGAGGAGGGUUUCCGGCUCCGCGCGAGGCGGCGGCGGCCGCAGGGAGCGCGGCCCGGCCUCGCGCGGGCGGCGGCUGCCUACCUAGCGGGAGAGGCCGCGGCCGCCAUGGGCGCCCCUGCGAGGCGGGGCUGAGCUCCGCGGCCCCUUUCCCUGCCCGCUGGCAGGGGCCGAGGGCGCCGGGCCUGCCCGGGCCUCCCCGCCCGGUGCGGGUGACUGAGCGCGGCGACUUCCUCUGCGGCCGGGGCCUGCGCCCCCCCUCCCCCCCUUAGGCCCUCGCUCCCCCGUUUCUCCCCCGGGCCGGGGCCUGCCUCGGGGCUCCCCCCUCCCCCCCGGCUUUUCCCCUCUCCGCUCCGCUUCCCGCCGCCGCUCCCGGUGCUCCAUGUCGGCCCCGCUGCCCGGCUCCCCGCUGCAGGAUGGAUGCAGACGCUAAGCGGGGAUCCACCCCGCCGGCCCAGCCUCUGCAGCAGCCGCCUCCCAGCUCCGCCGCGAGGAGCCCUUGGGACCCUCCUCUGCUGCAGCCGCGACAGCCGCCGCGGCCCGGCGCGCUCGGCGCUCAGUGACCGGCCCCUUCCCUCGCCUGCGCCGGCCCCGCCUCGCCCUCGCAGCGCUUCGCCGCGGCGCGAUGUCGGGGGGCGCCGCGGAGAGCGGCACCGCGGCCCCUCGCUUCCUGGCGCCGCCGCCGCCCAAGAACGGCUCCAGCUCGGACAGCUCCGUCGGCGAGAAGCUGGGAGCCGCCGCCGCCGCCGACCACGGGGCCGCCGGGGCCGGCGGCGGCGCGGUGAGCGGCGGCCGUAGCGAGGAGUACCGGCGCCGCCGGCACACCAUGGACAAGGACAGCCGGGGAGCGGCGGCCACCGAGCACCGCUUCUUCCGCCGGAGCGUGAUCUGCGACUCCAAUGCCACCGCCUUGGAGCUGCCCAGCUUGCAGCCCGCAGCGCCCUCGGCGCCCGUCUCUGGAGGCAGCGCCGCGGCUCUCGUCUCGCCGCCCGACGGUGCCGGCCGGAGCUCCGGCACCGCUGUCAGCGCCGCGCAGGCCCCCUCGCUGCUGCUGCUGCAGCAGGCGCCGCCGCCCGCCCCGCUCCCCCUUGAAGGACAGGCCGCUCAGGAGCUCCCUGCCGCCAAGGAUGCCGCCCCGCUGCUGCCCAAAGAGGAGGAGGAGGAGGAAGAGGCCGCCACGCUGCCCCCCACCAGUACCGCUGGCAGCGCGUCAGCUGCCAGCCGGGAAUUUGAGGAGCGGCGGACGCAGCAGGAAGACAUCGAAGAGCUCGAGACCAAGGCGGUGGGCAUCUCCCCGGACGGUCGCUUCCUGAAGUUUGACAUCGAGAUCGGAAGAGGCUCUUUCAAAACUGUCUAUAAAGGACUGGAUACAGAGACCACUGUGGAAGUCGCCUGGUGCGAGCUACAGGAUCGGAAACUGUCCAAGUCAGAACGACAAAGAUUUAAAGAGGAAGCUGGGAUGCUGAAAGGGCUCCAGCAUCCCAACAUUGUCCGGUUCUAUGAUUCCUGGGAGUCUACAGUCAAAGGAAAAAAAUGUAUCGUUCUUGUGACAGAACUCAUGACAUCUGGAACACUGAAAACGUAUUUGAAAAGAUUUAAAGUGAUGAAAAUCAAAGUGCUACGAAGCUGGUGCCGUCAGAUACUGAAAGGCUUGCAAUUUCUACACACACGCACUCCUCCCAUUAUCCACAGAGACUUAAAAUGUGACAACAUCUUCAUUACUGGCCCCACUGGAUCAGUCAAGAUUGGAGACCUGGGUCUGGCAACUCUGAAACGAGCUUCUUUCGCCAAAAGUGUGAUAGGUACCCCAGAGUUCAUGGCCCCCGAGAUGUAUGAGGAGAAAUACGAUGAAUCCGUUGAUGUAUAUGCUUUUGGGAUGUGUAUGCUAGAGAUGGCCACGUCUGAGUAUCCUUAUUCUGAGUGCCAAAAUGCUGCGCAGAUCUACCGACGAGUGACCAGUGGUGUCAAGCCAGCCAGCUUUGAUAAAGUAGCAAUCCCUGAAGUGAAGGAGAUUAUUGAGGGAUGCAUUCGGCAAAACAAAGGUGAAAGAUAUGCUAUUAAGGAUCUUUUGAAUCAUGCUUUCUUCCAAGAAGAGACUGGAGUACGGGUAGAACUAGCAGAGGAAGAUGAUGGAGAAAAAAUUGCUAUUAAACUCUGGCUCCGAAUUGAAGACAUCAAAAAACUCAAGGGCAAAUAUAAAGAUAAUGAGGCAAUAGAGUUUUCCUUUGACUUAGAGAGAGAUGUCCCGGAGGAUGUAGCACAGGAAAUGGUGGAAUCUGGCUAUGUCUGUGAAGGGGAUCACAAGACAAUGGCAAAAGCUAUCAAGGACAGGGUGUCUUUGAUUAAGCGAAAGCGAGAGCAGCGUCAAUUGGUGCGAGAAGAACAGGAGAAGAAGCUGCAGGAAGAAAGUGGUCAAAAGCAACAGCCGGAGCAACAGCAACCAUCAAGUGCUUCCCACGCAGGGUCAAAGCAUCCUCAGUCUGUCACUGGUACUACUUCUGUCCCCGCUACUUCAGCCUCAGUUUCUACACAAGUGGAGCCUGAAGAACCAGAAGCUGAUCAACACCAACAACUGCAGUUCCAGCAACCCAGUAUAUCUAUUCUUUCUGAUGGGACAGUUGACAGUGGCCAGGGGUCAUCUGUUUAUACUGAAUCGUGUGUGAGCAGUCAACAAACUGUGUCCUAUGGUUCCCAGCAUGACCAGUCAAUUUCAACAGCUGCAGUCCAGGGAUACGCAGCUUCAGUUGGCCAAGUACAGUCACAACAGCAUGGAGGAUAUCAGCCACCUACAGUGCCUCAGCAUCCGCGUGGGGGAACACCAACGUUCCCAGAUUCACAGAUAUUUUUCCCAACCGUUCAUGAACGGCCGGUGUCUUUCUCACCACCACCUGUCUGCCCGCCGAAGGUGGCAGUUGCUCAGCGGCGCAAGAGCACUUCAUUUUUGGAAGCCCAAACUUGCCACUUCCAGCCAGUGCUGAAGACUGGCCAGAGUUUAGUUCCACCUGGUGGUAGUCCCACCAAUUGGACACCAGAGGCAUUGGUUAUGCUGGGCACAACAGCUCACAGAGUCACUGGAGAGCCACUGCAUGUGCAAGUCAAUCCUGUGUUUGAGCCAGCUCCUGUACACGGUGACUGUAGAUCUGGACCAACACCUCCAGAGGAUGCUCACUACCGAAUGCAUCCAGAAGCUGUGUAUUUGGUGGGCAUGCACUAUCCAUCACAGGAGCAGUAUGAUCAAGUAGCUUAUAACUCCCAUGUGACUGAACAACAUUUGAAGCAGGCCUCUGAGUCAAAGCACGUGCAAGGUGCUCCUCCACAAAGCUCUGUGUUCGACUAUCAAUCUGGGCAAACGUACAUGGCAAGACACGUUCAGAACCUGAGACUGGAUUCUGGGAUGAGUCCUCUUUCUCCAUUAUCUAGUGUUUCAGCUCCUCUGAGUGCAGAGCCUGCUCAGAUGACAUUCCACCAGGUGUUUGUGCCACACUCGGCUCCAGCUGUGCUCUCGCACAGUGGGGAUGGCAGAACGAGCUGUGUCUUCGAGUUCCAUGUGCACACGCCAAGCUCUGCUCCAGCAGAUGGGGGGGGUUUACCCCCACGGGUCUACAGAAAUCGUCGGUGCUCUAUGGAGACCAGUCAAGAGGAAACUGCUCAAGGCAUAGGGUUGCAUGGUCGGCUUCAGCCUGUGACAGAAGAGCAGUCUAACUAUCUUGGUCCUGAGUUAGCAGGUCCCAGAGGGGGUUCUGCCAGGCAGAGCUGGCCGGAAGGAAGCCCAGAAUACUCCAGUGAUUCCUCACAGCUGACUUCCUCUGACACUGGCGAUUUCCAGUCUCCUCCUCCUACAGGGGGGUCAUCUUCUGCUUUUGGUUCAGACUUCUCAUUGCCUGUUGUUCAGCUGCCUCAGAAGGUAUUGCAGGAGUCCCAGCUCUUCAUCUGCUUCCCUCAGGGAGCCUCAAGUCAGCAGGCCUUGUCCACCUCACUUUCAUCGGGACCACCUGCACUCUAUCCUCAGACACAAGUGCAAGGCCAGUCAGCCUCAAGCAGUGUAUCGGUGCCAUCCCAGCCUAGCCAACACACUCAGCAGAAUGUGCAGCUGCCAGCCUCUUCCCAACAGACUGGGCAAUACCAGCUGCAGCAGCCAUCAGUUUCUACUGGCGCCACUCCCACACAAACGGUCUCUCAAACUCAGACUUCACAGAUUAUGCCAGUGCCUCAGGCACCAGCUGGGACACAGCUUCCUGUUUCCCAACCAGUGUCGAUCAUCCAAGGCGAGCCUCAAUUACCUGUUGCAGCACCUUCUCUCCCUCAGCCUUCAGUUGCCCCGCCAGUCCCUGUUGGCUCUCAUUUUCUACCCAUGGGACAGCCUUUGCCAACUUCCAUGCUUCCCCAGUUCCCAGUGUCUCAGUUGCCCAUAGCAGUCCCUCAUGUGUCAGUGGCUCAGCCAGGCUUCCAGUCGCUGCCAAAUUCAAUGGCAGCUGGCAUGAAUCAGCCACUGCUCACGCUGGCAACAUCUGCUGCGGCAGCCGCUAUCCCUGUAGGAUCGACUGUUGUCCCUAGCCAGCUUCCCACGCUGAUGCAGCCUGUGGCUCAGCUGCCCAGCCAGGUUCUCCCGCAGCUCCUGCAGCCAGCUGUCCAGUCCGUGGGAUUGCCAGCCAGCAUUGGACAAGCUGCUGAAGCUUCACUUCCUGCUGGAGAUGCUCUUUACCAGGGCUUCCCAUCUCGGCUGCCACCGCAAUAUUCAGGGGACUCAAAUGUGGCGCCCUCCUCUGCUGUGGCCUCUGUUUGCAUUCCUUCUGCCGUACUGUCCCCUCCCUUACCCACAGAUGCAAUGGCUCAGCCAGGCUACCUUGCUGGUGUUGUGCAGCCAUAUGUGGAACAGAACGUUUUAGUUCCUAUGGGUGGCCUAGGAGGACAGGUUCAAAUGCCCCCACCUACAGUGAGUUUAGUGCAACAGGCCUCAUCUGCUUCCUCCCAGCAGGCGACUUUGGAGGGUACUCAGGGAGUCUCACAGACUGCUGCUUCGGAGUCUCUGCCAUCAACACAGCCUGCUCAGUCUACCCCUUUGGCUUCCUCUAUGGAUAGUGCACAUUCUGAUGUUGCUUCAGGGAUGAGUGAUGGCAAUGAGAAUGUUCCAGCUUCUAGCGGAAGGCACGAAGGGAGGACUGCCAAACGUCAUAUGCGGAGGUCUGUCCGCAGCCGCUCUCGACAUGAGAAGACUGCUAGGCCAAAACUGAGAAUUCUGAAUGUUUCAAAUAAAGGUGAUCGGGUAGUGGAAUGCCAGCUAGAGACACACAAUCGGAAAAUGGUUACUUUCAAAUUUGAUUUGGAUGGUGACAACCCUGAGGAAAUAGCUUCAAUCAUGGUGCAGAAUGAGUUUAUUUUAGCAACUGAGAGAGACUCAUUUGUAGAACAGGUACGAGAGAUUAUUGAGAAAGCAGAUGAAAUGCUGAGUGAGGAUGUAAGUGUGGAGCCAGAAGGUGACCAGGGCUUGGAGAGUAUGCGGACAAAAGAUGAUAGCUUCUUUCCAGGGUCACAGAAAUUAGAGUUCAAACAGCCAGAUCCUUCAUCUUCCAUGCCACAAAGAACAGGGGUUCCUCCUAGCUCCUUUACUCAGGUGGUCCAUUCUGCAGGAAGGCGGUUUAUUGUCAGCCCUGUUCCUGAGAGUCGAUUAAAAGAACAGAGCUUUUUCACCUCUGCUAUUCCUGGAGGAAAGGAAACUCCGGAUGUGGUUGCUGCAUCUCCACUACAUGGUCCUGGAAUGAAUCUCUCCCACUCUGCAUCAUCACUGAGCUUGCAGCAAGCUUUCUCUGAGAUCAGGCAUGCUCAAAUGACAGAAGGACCUAGUACAGCUCCUCCAGUGUUCAACCAAAGUAUACCACCAUUUCCACCUGCGCUUUCUACCAUGGCAGGCAGUGGUGCACCCCCAGCAUCAGUAACUGCUUCUUCAAUAUCUGUUCCUUCCACCACAGGUGUUUCUAUUCCAGGAUCUGUUACUUUGCCUUCAGAAAAUGCAACUGUUGGAGCUGCACCAAGCACAAGUGUGCCAAGCUCUGUUUCUCCACCUCCAGCCUCACAAUCUGGACAGCAAUCGACUAGUGGAGUGGCUUCCAGUGUGAGCACCCCUGCUUCCUUUUCCCUACCUACCACGUCUCAGCCUGCUCAGCCACUGGCUGGAGACGUUGCCCCUAGUACCAGCACACUGGCUUCUUUGGCACUGCCAUCUACCCAGAUUCCUGGGGUCACUGGUCUUGGUAUCAUUGCACCAGCUGUGACAUCUCAAUCUACUCCUCAGAUCGUGAGUAGUUUGGCAGCGCCACAGACAUCUAUUGCCCUGUCUCUGCCUCAGAAUGUGGUUUUGCAGCUUCCUCAACUUAGUAUUAGCAGUGGCUCUGUCUCCAGUCUGGCAGAAACAACAGUUGUAAGUGCUCCACAAUCCAUAUCUGAAAAUGGGCAAUCCAUAGAUAAAUCACAGCUCUGCAGUGCAGCUGGAUUAUCUUUGCCAGUCUCUGCACCUUUAUCCUCUUCAGUAGCAACAAGCAUAUGUGGUUCAGUCACUCAGCCAGUGAUACAUCCUUUACUCAUCCCAUCAGCAAUUACAUCAACGCCUGUCCUACCCCAGAUUCCAGGUGCGAUGUCUACGCCUGUAUUGCCCCAGGUUCCCUUACCUGGUGUCUUGCCACAGCCAGUUACCAACUUGCCUGCAGUACAGCAAACACUGAUACACAGUCAGCCUCAGCCAGCUCCAUUACCCAACCAACCUCAUACUCACUGUCUGGAGGCUGAUGCUGAUGCUCAGUCUAAAGCACCCGGUAUUGAUGAUAUAAAGACUCUGGAAGAAAAGCUACGAUCUCUCUUCAGUGAACACAGCAAUGUUGGAACAGCACAUCCAUCAGUAUCUCUGGAGACAUCUUUGGUAAUGGAAACUACUGUCAUUCCUGGGAUACCGACCACUGUUGUUGCACCAACUAAACCCCUGACAUCCAUUAGCACUUGUAUACCACCGAGUAGUUUGCCUCUUGGACCGACUGGCUUGCCUGUGCUGACACCAGUUGCCACUCCUGGGCAAGUGAUCACACCGGUCAGCUAUAUUGCAGCAUCAAGCAGCAUUGCAACAGCAGUAGUGAAACCAGGGACCUCUCCUUCAAAGCCGCCUCUAAGCAGAGUACCGGUGCUACCAGUAGGUUCUGAACUUCCAGCUGGCACUCCGUCCAGUGAGCCGCUGCCACCUUUUCCAGGACCUUCACUAACUCAGUCCCAGCAGCCAUUGGAAGAUCUGGAUGCUAAGCUGAGAAGAACCCUUAGUCCAGAGACUGUUCCAGUGACGUCUGCUCCUGCCUGUUCUGUGCCCUCAGUAGCAUCCACAACGGUUACCGGGCUGGUAUCUACAGCAGCACAGUCUCAAAAAGAUGUUUCAGCAUCAUGUGGUAGAGAGAGCAGUGCUAUGGCUACCACAGCAGGAGCUGGUAUUCUUAAGAUGGGACGGUUUCAGGUCUCAGUGGCAGUGGAUGAUGUGCUAAAAGAGAAUGACAAACCUGAAACUAAGCCAGUGCAAUUUGAAACCACCUCCUCUGAAUCUUCAUCUCUUUCUGGCAGUAGCCCAGAGAGUACACUGGUAAAGCAGGCUGGUAGUCGGAAAAGUGAGGCUGUCGCUGGCUCAUCCUUGGAUGUGGUAGAUGAUACUCCUUGCUCAAUUCAUGUGGUGCAAUUGCCAGUAGAUGUUGGUCAGCCUACGAAGGUUGGGCGAUUCCAGGUGACAACAACAACGGAUCAAGUGGGGCGCUUCUCAGUGUCCAAGACUCAGGAUGAGAUCACCUGUGCAGAGAAAGAGCCAAUGACUCUUCCUCUCUCUGUGGACUUGGAACAAGUUGCUGCUUCAGCUGCAGCUCCUCAGAAAGAAUUGGAAGGAAGGCAGUCCCCACACAUGAAUGGCCCGUCCUUGGAGCUGGAGGCCGCCUUCUUGAGCGGGAUGGCUAAGGAGCUGGAUGAUGGCUCGGGGAGCCCAGACUCCCACCAGCCUCUGGGGUCAAAGAUCAGCCUCCCUGCUCAGAGCCUUAGCAACUCAUUCAACUCUUCUUACAUGAGCAGUGACAACGAGUCGGAUAUUGAAGAUGAAGACUUGAAAUUGGAACUCCGUCGGUUACGGGAGAAGCACCUUAAAGAGAUUCAGGAGCUGCAGAGCCGCCAGAAGCAGGAGAUUGAAUCACUAUACACGAAGUUGGGAAAGAUUCCACCUGCAGUAAUUAUCCCCCCGGCUGCACCUCUUUCGGGAAGGAGGAGACGCCCCACUAAAGGAAAAAGCAGCAAAUCCAGUCGUAGCAGCUCCCAGGGAAAUAAGAGCCCUCAGCUAUCAGGCAAUUUGUCAGCUCAGAGUGCACCAUCGGUCUUGCCCCCACAGCAGACUCUUCAUCCUCCUGGUAGCGGGCCAGAGACUGGACAGAACCAUUUGUUACAGCCCCUCAAACCUUCACCUUCUAGCGAAAAUCUCUACUCUGCCUUUACCAGUGAUGGUGCCCUUUCGGUACCAAGCCUUUCUGCACCAGGCCAAGGCUGUGCGAAGUUUAACUGUGCAUCUGAGAGAGUGACGUUCAAGCCUGGUGGCAGGAGGACCCGAUUUCUGAGUACGCCCUGCUUGGCUCUUUGGAAGAUGGUGAAAAAAGUCUGUCCUUGCAACCAGCUCUGUAGGACCAGCAGCACUAACACAGUCGGGGCUACAGUGAACAGUCAAGCACCCCAGUCUCAGCCUCCUGCUAUUGCCUCUAGCCGAAAAGGGACUUUCACAGAUGACCUGCACAAGCUGGUAGAUAAUUGGGCCCGAGAUGCCAUGAACCUUUCUGGCAAGAAAGUUGGCAAAGGGCAUAGCAACUAUGAGGGCCCUGGAAUGGCAAGAAAAUUCUCGGCACCAGGUCAACUCUGUAUCUCUAUGACAUCUUCCCUGGGUGCUACGCCCAUCUCUGCAGCAUCAGCUACCUCUUUAGGUCCCUUCACAAAGGCUAUGUGCCCUCCGCAGCAGUAUGGUUAUCCAGCAGCAUCUUUUGCAGCUCCAUGGAGUGGGACAGGUGGUCCAGCACAGCAGCCACUUGGCCAGUUCCAGCCCGUAGGUGCCGCAUCUUUGCAGAGCUUCAACAUCAGCAAUUUGCAGAAAUCUAUCAGCAACCCCCCAGGCUCCAACCUGCGGACCACUUAGCCAUGCUUGGAGACCACGCUGGCUAGACCUUGGGACAGGACAUGGGGAGGGAGAUGGGGCCUUGUAUCAACUACUAGUGCUGCAAUGAACUGGUAGCUUGCCAGACUGGGAAUGAAUUUCUCUUUUCCAACCAUUGCUGUCAGCUCUCUGUAAAGGGAGUUUCCCCACACACUUUCAAGGGGGAGGAGGAUGAUCAGCAUCCUUAUGAUGGGACAGUGCUUUUGACUGAGUGGUCCUGCUCUCGUAUGGAAGGAGAGCUGUGAAGAUGAGUCAUGGGGUCAGUUAAUGCAGUCUUGCUGUAAAAUUCUUCUGUGGUUUGAGGCUGAAUCCACAUGUGUUGAGAUGGGAGAGAGGAAUCCUAGCAUGAGGCUUUAGCACACUUCUCUUCUCUCCCUGAAGAACCAAGACCAGGAGAAAAGCUGUCCAAAUCCCCCUCCUCUCCCUCUCCCCAAACAAUCGUAUUUGGCUCCAGAAUGAUGGGGCACACAAAUGGACUUGCAGUGCAGCCCGUGCUUGAUAGGUCAUUACUGCUUUAAGUAAGAUAUUAACAGCUUUGACUGCAGCAUUAGAGCAAUUUAAAUUGUUUAAAAAUUUUAAAAGUUCCCUGCGGACAUGUACUUACCAUCAGUUUUGAUGUGGAAACACUGUGAUAUAUAAAUGUUGUUGGACAACAGUAGUUUAAAAAUGAGUGGAAUAUAGAGGGUUAAAAAAGUUAAAAAGAAAAAAUGGAAAAAAAGCUAGCUAUAUCCUUAUACUUAUUGGAGACACUUUAACUUUUUCCUUUGUAUUUUCAUUGUAUUAGAUAAAUAAAUGUGAAUGUAAAAUUGUAUAAAUUAAUGUACUUGAAUACUUGUCUGUUCUCCCAGUAUGCUUGCUGGAUAUUUUAGUGCCUUGGACUUCUAUUGCUUCUGCAGUUAGCAUCAUCUUCCCAGCAGACCCCCAGAUGGACAGAGGGCAAGUUCAGAGCAGGAUGGAUGUGUACUUAGUGAUUGGGACAUUAAAGAGUUAACAAUUGGAGUGUUUAUUUAGUGUUACUGCAACUGUCUAGAGUAGGUGUUUGGAGGGGGAAGUCAUUGAGGCUGUAGGUUGGAACAAAGUUCUGGGUGGUGGGGAAACUUGUCCAAGUGCGCAGAUCUCAAGUCGCUGGUGUGAGGAGGACCAUGUGGGGGCGGGAUGGAGGGUGGUGGGCGAAGCCGAGGUGAAACUAACUGGUCUUAUCUAAAGAGUUAAGAGGUCUGGAGCAGAAACAGAGAGAAUGGGGAGAACAUGUGUCUUGGGAAAGGUCCAACUUAAGAUGUGGCUUUGACUCCACCUGUGAAGUGGUGAAAAUGUUUGGUCAGGAUGUGGUAUGAGGGAGAGGUGUCAUUGCUCGUUGGUGUGGGCUUGUCUGCUGGGAUUGAUUUUUAUUUUUUUUUUUCCUUAGUUCGUUAAAGCCAGGAAUAGACUGUCCUGGUGCAACGUCCAUUGCCGGCAAUGGAUGCACUUGAAACAGCCGGCAUCAAGAAGUUUCCUCUGUCUUAUUUGGAGGAUUUAUGAUUUUGUUCACUUAAAGAAUUUCAAACUGGUACCAGGACUGUAACCAACCGUCACCUCUUAGUAACUGUACUGUACCUUUUGCUUUAUUCAUUUUCCCUUUUCAUAUUUAAAAAUACUGGUUCCUUCUUCAAAGUAAAAAUAAUACCAACCAGUAUUUAUAUAGUGCUGCAAAAAGCUGUGAAGGGUCAAAGUACUGCUUCCUGGUACUUGGGAGUAGCUCAGUCGCAUCCUGGAAGCUGGUGCAUCAAGGAGAUGUUACUUGCCUGAAUUUUCUUCUGGGAGUGCUAUUCCCUUGUGGAGCCUUAAUAAGGAGUUUUUCUGUCUCUAGAUGUUCUCACUCUUAUCUUUAAAAAAACAAAAGCGCAAGAUCUGUUUGUUUUGUGUCACUUUUUUUUUUUUUAAACAGUUUUGGCAGCAAGGGCAUGCACAAGCUAGAGAUGGAAGUCUGAGGGUGAAAGCUAGUGGCAAGGUGGCUGAAUUCCAACAGUUCCUCGGCUUUGGGGGUUUACUCUUUGUAACUAACGUGAGGACGAGAACUACAGAAUGAGAGGGGAGGCUCAUAGUUGUGAGUGCAAUGGAAAGGCAGGAAGAAAAUGGCAGGGAGGUCCCUGCUACUAAAGUUGAACAGAAACCUUCUGCUUUUUGGUCUGAAUGGAUGCAGAGAAGAGUUUCCUGAAUACACUAAGUGUAGGGCGGAAGCAUGCUCUAUGUAAAGGAGCAGUUACAAACCUGAGGCAGUAAUGAAACAAGGGGAAUAUUUCAUGACAGAGGAACUAAUCAGCUCAAUGCAGCACAUGGUUAUUUAAUUUUGAUCUAGUAAGUUUGAAGUCGUUUUUCACUUAAUGUUAUGCAAGAACUGGUUUUAUUUACCAUUGAUUUUUUUUUUCUUCCCUCCUGUGGAUGAAUAACUGAAGUCUAGAGGAAUAAACUAAUGCUACUGAACUGUUAAAUUAUUUUGUUUAAUAUUACACUUUGAGUAUCUUUUUCCACAUAAAAUCUGUUUCUGAAUUACAAGCGUUUUCUUUACAUUAUUUAACAAUGUACACUGUAAAAAAAAAAAAAUAAAAAAAAUAAAAUGAAUUCAAACUUUGGGCUUCCCUGGCCGUAGUUAGUUGUAUGUUUUGCACUAAAACCAGGCAUUGCGCUUCUUGUAUGACUGCGCUUUGUGCUGCAAUUUGUUACCUUUGUAGAAUAUUUAAUGAAAUCAUUCAAAUAAACCAAACCUGCUUUUGUUGA